AUGCGCAGUAAUAGUAAUAAUACCACCGAAUUGUCACAAAUAAAAAUAUUUGGUUCAAUUGUAAGAAUUGUACCAUUAAUAUAUAAUUUAAAUGAAACAGAAGCAUCACCAAAAUAUAGAUUAUUAAAUUAUCAAGGAUUAAAACCAUCAAGACAUUUACCAGAUACAUUAAUAAUUGGUGUUAAAAAAAGUGGUACAAGAGCUUUAUUGGAAUUUAUAAGAUUACAUCCGGAUGUAAGAGCAGCUGGCUGUGAAAUACAUUUUUUUGAUAAACAUUAUAAAAAAGGUUUACAAUGGUAUCGUAAUCAUAUGCCAUUUACAAUUGAAGGCCAAAUAACAAUGGAAAAAUCACCAAGUUAUUUUGUAACAAAAGAAGUACCAAAACGUGUACAUCAUAUGAAUCCAUCAACAAAAUUAUUAAUUGUUGUACGUGAUCCUGUUACCCGUGCAAUAUCAGAUUAUACACAAGCCUCAAGUAAAAAAUCUGAUAUGAAAAAAUUUGAAGAAUUAGCAUUUGUUAAUGGAUCCUAUUCAAAAGUAGAUAUUACAUGGGGUCCUAUUAAAAUUGGAAUAUACUCAAAACAUUUAGAGAAAUGGUUGCAAUAUUUUCCAUUAUCACAACUUUUAUUUAUUAGUGGUGAAAGAUUAAUUGUUGAUCCAGCUUUUGAAUUAGGAAGAGUUCAAGAUUUUCUAAAUUUAAAACGUAUUGUUACGGAAAAACAUUUUUAUUUUAAUUCAUCAAAAGGAUUCCCAUGCCUUUUUAAAUCCGAAGCCAGAUCAACGCCACAUUGUUUAGGUAAAACAAAAGGACGUAAUCAUCCAUGGAUUGAUCCAGCUGCAAUUGAAAGACUUAGAGAAUUUUAUAGACCAUUUAAUAAUAAAUUUUAUCAAAUGACUGGUAUAAAUUUUGGUUGGCCAUAAAAUUAUAUAUGUAUAACUUAAAAUAUUUAAUAAUAAUUGAAUACAAUUACAUACUACAUAGGUUAAAAUUUAGAAUAUAAAAUAAAAAUUAAUAAAUUUAAUUAUUUAGAAUAAAAACAGUAAAAGAUAAAAUAAAAACUAUUAAUUAUAAAAAUAAUCAAAUUAUACAAACACAAUA